AUGGAGAUUGAUACUAUCAUCGUCGGCAAUGGGCCGUCGGCUAUGAUCCUUUCAUACAUCCUCCAUGGACACAUCCCUUUCUACUCAUCCGACCCUCCACAUCCUGAUCAUUUAUUGGACGCCAAGUUGAAAGCCGCCCCAGAGAUCUUGAAUGCCGAUGUGAACUCUCUUACAGCGCACUUCGACGCGUCACGCCUAUCAUACUCGACUCAGGCCCUUCCCGUGAACGUCUUACUAGACACACUUGUACGGCCAAGUGUUGAUGUGGAUGAGCCUGGCUGCAUCUCAAAUAUUAAUUGGCGCUCACAGCCUGAGAAGGCUGUCUCGCAUCUUGUUUUUGGAAAGCCCUCGAAGCCUGGAGGCCAAUGGACAGAGGAUCCAUGGGGCGCGAACUGGGAUAUUCAGACAUUGAGUUAUGCGGCAAUGCUGUCCCUGCCGGGGUACUCCUUUUCCGACCAUCACAAAAGGACAACGGGAAGGGAUCUACCGUCAUAUACAAGGCCUACACGGCGCGAGAUUGCCGAUUAUUUUUCUGCCUAUCCCGAGGCUGUGCAUAUCAAUGAUGCGUUUCGGUGUGGGGAAGAACUAAAGGGAAUUUCCCGCACCGCUACUGGGUUUUAUGUUCGUUCUCAUAACCUUCACUGCAAGCGCCUAGUCCUGGCAAGUGGAAUCUUUUCCGAGGUCCUCACACCAGAGCCGGUUUUACGUCCAUUACUUGAGACCAAGCCUUUGCCUGACGUCCCACUACUCGUCAUUGGAUCUGGCUUCUCCGCUGCGGAUGCCAUCAUCUCCGCCUCCCCAAACCAAAAGAUCUUACACAUAUACAAAUGGUCUCCGAAUGACCGCCCAUCGCCUCUCCGGGCCUGCCACCAGCAAGCAUAUCCUGAGUAUGCCGGUGUCUACCGUCUUAUGAAACGAGCUGCCCUCACAGCCGAGGCUGCAGCUAAAGACCAGCGGCCAAAGUACCGACGUGCGACUUCAACGCCAUUCCUUGAAAGCCGGAAUUGGGAAGACAUCUAUGAAGGUCUUCCUAAUGUUGAAGUGACAGCUGUAGAAGUUCACGGCGACCUGGCGACGGUCUCAUUCCACCGCCAAGAUGGAACUGUCUUCUCUCGGCCUGUGCGUGGCCUGGUGUAUGCUGCUGGCCGGCGAGGCACGCUAAAUUACCUUGAUCCCGAGCUCCGCUGUGAAGUGUUGGGGCAGGGCAAUCAAGAGGAUUCAGCUGUCACCGGCCAGACCCUCCGUGCGAAAGCAAUUGAGGACCUGGAGGUUGCACCGGGAGUUUUCAUCAUCGGCAGCUUAACUGGAGAUUCUCUGGUCAGGUUCUCAUACGGCGGAUGCGUCUACACUGCUGGGCAUCUGAUAGAUGGCGAACGGGACAGCCGCAGUGUCUGCAGUAGUCUCGCGUCAUCCCCUAAACUACAUGGUUCUUCGCUUUCCGUGAUGAACGGUAUGGAUGGGCACCUUGUAUACCCAACCGGCGAUACAUCGGACCUGACUCGUGAAGAUACCGUCAGCAAAAUGUCAACCGUCACAGACCAGCCUGUUGUACGUGGUUGGUGGAAGACAUUCUCCCGCAUGUGGAACGAUUUUACACGAUAA